GGCCAGAUGCCCAGGCCGUUCUAUCUGCCACUUCCGGCAGCGCCUCGCUGCUCCGGGAGCGGCUCCUGCGGCGUAUGCAGUCUCCAUGGGGACUGAAGAUGGCGCCGCGAGGUAAACGGUUGUCCUCCACCCCCCUGGAGAUCCUGUUCUUUCUGAACGGCUGGUAUUAUGCUACCUAUUUCCUGUUGGAACUCUUCAUAUUCCUCUAUAAAGGUCUCCUGCUGCCCUAUCCAACAGCCAAUCUGGUGCUGGACGUGGUGAUGCUCCUCCUUUAUCUUGGAAUUGAAGUGAUUCGUCUUUUUUUUGGUACAAAGGGAAACCUCUGCCAGCGAAAGAUGCCACUUGGUAUUAGUGUGGCCUUGAGCUUCCCAUCUGCCAUGAUGGCCUCCUAUUACCUGCUGCUGCAGACCUACGUGCUCCGCCUGGAAGCCAUCAUGAACGGCAUCUUGCUCUUCUUCUGUGGCUCAGAGCUGCUGCUUGAGGUGCUCACCCUGGCUGCUUUGUCCAGUAUGGACAGGAUUUGAAGUACACAAAUUUCAACCAGCAGCCCAUCAGGCUAAAACCACAACUUCUGGUGCUUUAGCCACACCAUGAGAAGUGGUGGGUCCGAGUGUCCUGGGAGGACUGUGCGGCUUUUCCUCAGCACAGAUUAUUUGGGCAGCAUCUUCUAAACCAGGACCAUCGCCCCAGAGACUUCUACACUGCAGUUUAGGGGCUGCCAGGCUGUCCCCAUCCUGGCCCUUCUCAGAGCAACUCCCUGCUGACCUCAACUUCUCUUUGAUCAUCAUGGCCAGAGCACCUUGUGUGGAUCACUGGAGGUUCCUUGAGCUUGCAGCAGACCUGAGCCGCAUGCUCGCUGGAUGUACUGUGCCACACCCACCCCUGCUGGGCCCCGGAAUGAUGCAGAGCCCCGUUCUGCCAUGAGACUGAACUCCCCAAUUUUUCUAGUAGUUCAGUUAUUUUUCUACGCUCAUCAUGAAACACUAUUUUAUAAUAAAUAUGUAUUUUCCUUGGUGGGGUUGAGCCUU